AUCUCGACUUGCAAAGGGCACGUUCUGGCUCAUCUCCUGGUACUCAAAGGGACUAUACUGUGCUACGAUAUCUUCUUUCUCUCUUAUCCCUGACCUUGGAUAUGCCUCACGGCCGCCGGGACGAGCCCGCACUCCCAAUACGCCGCUCUGCUCGGAUACAGGCACAGCAAAACGUGUCGCAGACAACAAUCGAAAAUCGAACACCGCAGCUCAAGAGAAGAACUCGUGCAUUACCAGAGAUCAACACUGACAGCGGGAACGCCGAGGGCGACCGGUGUCACAAGCGAAAUCUGAAGGCCAAGAGCGACGACGAAGGCUCUUCUUCGGUGCAUCAGAAGAUUGCUGCAUUGUCGCCACAUGAGGACAUCGACACUACUACAGCGAAGCCAAAGGGCAAGUGCGCCAAACGUUGUGUACGGUUUGCGGAUGGGGAGCCCCUGGCACCGGUGACCGACGAUGUGGCCCCAGAUGAAGCGUCCGCCAAAGCGGCUGCCGCGGCAGUAACGAUCGAAUAUCUUGCCAGCCGACCCAACGAGUCCUGGAGCAACAUCAAGGAGAUGCCGAUUCCUCCAGAGGCCCUCCCGCAUCUCGAGCCCGCUAUUACGCGGGAUCGCAAAGGGCGACUGCUAGCGCGCUACUCCAUUCGUUAUGCCCUCGUCUUCUCAUUCGAUGUGGAAGCCCUUCACCGCCAUCUCCAGCGCCGUAGGCCGAAGUAUCGACGCCUCGAUCUGUCACUCGCUAUGCAUGCCCUCGUUGCCGAGCUGCAAUCCGAGCUGGGCAUCAAGUUUGGGGAUGGGAUCGCAUACAGCACGGUCGACGAUAAACUCGUCUAUACCUUCUUCAUGUCGAAGUCGAAUCGUCCGGAGACGUUGCCAUAUCCUGUGGCUCGUAUUCGUAAAUUCCAGGAAAUCAUCAAUCACCCGAUUACCCCUCUUAUAGUAGCAAACCGUCCCCGAGCUCACCGUGUUCGCCGAUGAGAUGUCUGCCGAUCGUUACGUCCGCGCCGUCCCUCAUCCACUUGUAAACUCAUGUUCCAUCUUGUCCUUGACCAGGCUUUACAAAGCAUCUUGCUAUGUCUGUGUAUCGAAUGACCGUCAACCCGCAAGAGCAUGAGCCCAUCUUCGUUUCUUUUUUCGCCGGCGACUAUCAACUCCGUAUGUUGAGGCAAUACGCCAUACGCAGAUAGCAACUAUAAUCUAACGUAGUGAGC